UUGCUGUGGAAGUAGCCUCUUUCUUUUUCUUUUCUUUUCUUUCUUUUUUUCCUUCAUUUUUGAGAUCAGUGAAUGCUUGAAAGUUAAUUUUUAAUUGUUACAAUUUAAUACGAAUAGAUCAAGAAUUGAAGUUUCCAGAUCGGAGCUUCAACGAUUUGAAGCAAGCAGAAGAUCUCCAUUAAAGCUUGUACGAAAUGCUACUGAGAAGUUCGUCAACCCCAGUUCUUGGAACCACCCUCCUCUCACCUUUCUCUGAGAGUCCCAGCAGAGACUCUGAGAGUAGCAGCCACGGCAACCCCACCACCAAAAUCACCUUCUCUCACAGUGGGCACCUCAGCUUCCCCUUAUUCUCCUGCAACUCAUCUCCACUCCCCCACUCCUUUGAUCAGGAACCCAAUAGUAGUAUUAACCCCAAAGGCUUUCGGAGGUCACGGUCUGAGGGAAACUUGGAGGGUUUGGGCCAUAGCUCUUUUGAUUUAGAAGAGUUCCGUAGAUCAGAAUCAAAUACAUCCAAGAAGUAUUUUGAUAAAACCCACAAAGCAAUGUUGGAGACGACCCCGUCUUUCUCUAUAUAUAAUUUGACACAAGGAGUUGAAGGUGAAGAAGGGAGUCAGCAAGAAGAGAUAGAGGGAGAGGUAUUCGUGUUGGAGAGAACUAUUACAAUUGAAGAGAGUAUAAGAGGUACAACCAGUCGUGAAUUCAGCUUUGGGAGGAAGACUAUGGGGCUGAUUGAGGAGGAAGAGGAGGAAGAAGAUGUGAAUGGUUUUCAGAAGUUGGGUGUUGAAGAUGGAGUUGAGCCGGUUAGUCCUCUCAUGUAUCUUGCUACAGGGCUUGGGAUGGAUGGUGCUGGGUUUGGUGGUGGUCGUGUUGACUUUGCAGCUGCAGAUUUUGAUGAGAGUGGCGAUGUGGAGGAGUAUUAUAGGAGGAUGGUUAAUGAAGAUCCUUGCAACCCUCUGUUUCUGAGAAACUAUGCUCAGCUUCUGCAGUCCAAAGGAGACCUUCAAAGAGCUGAGGAGUACUACUCACGUGCCACGCUAGCAGAUCCUCAAGAUGGAGAAAUAUUGAUGCAAUAUGCUAAAUUGAUUUGGGAUGUCCAUCGUGACCAAGCUAGAGCUUUGAGUUACUUUGAACGUGCUGCCAAGGUUGCUUCUGAUGAUAGCCAUGUUCUUGCAGCAAAUGCCAGUUUCCUCUGGGACAUAGAGGAUGAGGGGGAAGAUGAUACUGCAGAACAAGGACUUGUGGAGGAAGGCCUGAGUGAAUUUCACAACUUGGAUCAGGAAGAUGAAAACAAACCAGCAAGCCCUUCUUUGCAUCCUGCAGCUGGUCUUGGAAUUGAUGUGGCAGCUUGUGGUAGUGUUGGUUGUGUUGAUUUUAGUUCAAUCAACGCCAGUGAGAUCAGCAAAGUGGAGGAGCAUUACAAGAAGAUGGUUGAGGAAAAUCCUUGCAACCCCUUGUUCCUAAGGAAUUAUGCUCAAUUUUUGUUUCAGACAAAGGGAGAACUCCAGCAAGCCGAGGAAUACUACUCUCGUGCUAUACUAGCUGAUCCUGGAGACGGUGAAAUCAUGUCACAGUAUGCUAAACUAGCAUGGGAACUUCAUCAUGAUCGAGAUAAAGCCUUGUCUUAUUUUAAGCAAGCAGUUCAAGCUACUCCAGGAGAUAGUCAUGUACUUGCAGCAUAUGCCCGUUUCCUCUGGGAAACAGAUGAGGAGGAAGAGGAAAAUAAUGCAUCAAUGCAGGAUCACAUCCAGGUGUCCCUUUUCCAUGAAGCCGCUACUUCUGCAAAUGCUUAACUCGGCUGAACUAAUAUUCAACCACUAAUGCCACACAAGUGCUAAAAUUGGGAAAACCAUUCCCUGCCCUCGGUCAGAAGACUGAAAACUAUCUAGUAGUGUUUCAGGUUGUGCUUCUAACCUGUUCCAGAUUUAAUAAAAUAAAACAUCUGUUCAUACACAAUCAGAUAUGGGUAGAAAUUUCAGAAAGUGAAGAAUGUAAAAUGUUUUUAUGGGUUCCCCACACUGGGUGGGAGUAUUUUAUGAAUAAAAGAAGUGAUACUAGUAAUUCAAAAUCA